GAGACAUUAUACGGCAUAUCGGAACACAUUACGCUUAAGGGAGUGACAUUGAGGGACAAGAAGGACAAGAAAGAAGAAGAAGAGAAGAGAUCGGUAGAGCAAAGAAGAAGAAGAAGAGGAUAAUACAACUUACGCUCUCUCUCUCACACAACACACGCAACGCAACGCAACACAGCACAAGAGGGAGACCGCCACCAUGUCCAUCUUCUUCUCAACCCCCGUCGACAUCGACAUCGUCCUCGACGAUCCCGAUGACCGCACCAUGGUCGACGUCAAGCUCGACAAGAACCGCCGCGAAAAGGCGCCCCUGUACAUGGACGGCGAGUCCGUCAAGGGCGCCGUCACCGUGCGGCCCAAGGACGGCAAACGCCUCGAGCACACGGGCAUCAAGGUCCAGUUCAUCGGCACGAUAGAAAUGUUCUUUGACCGCGGCAACCACUACGAGUUCCUCUCGCUCAACCAGGAGCUCGCCGCGCCGGGGGAGCUGCAGCACCCGCAGACGUUCGACUUCAACUUCAAAAACGUCGAGAAGCAGUACGAGUCGUACAACGGCAUCAACGUCAAGCUGCGCUACUUUGUCCGCGUCACCGUCUCGCGCCGCAUGGCCGACGUGAUCCGCGAAAAGGACAUCUGGGUCUACAGCUACCGCAUCCCCCCGGAGAUGAACAGCAGCAUCAAGAUGGACGUCGGCAUCGAGGACUGCCUGCACAUCGAGUUCGAGUACAGCAAGAGCAAGUACCACCUCAAGGACGUCAUCGUCGGCCGCAUCUACUUUUUACUCGUCCGGCUCAAGAUCAAGCACAUGGAGCUAUCCAUCAUCAGGAGAGAGACGACGGGCGCCGCGCCCAACCAGUACAACGAGAGCGAGACGCUGGUGCGCUUCGAGAUCAUGGACGGCUCUCCCUCAAGGGGCGAGACGAUCCCUAUCCGACUCUUCCUCGGCGGCUUCGACCUGACGCCCACCUUCCGUGACGUGAACAAGAAGUUCUCCACGCGGUACUAUCUCAGUCUCGUUCUCAUUGACGAAGACGCCCGACGAUACUUUAAGCAGUCGGAAAUCAUCCUCUACCGCCAAGCCCCCGACACUCCCGCCAUCCAAGCAGGAAUCCAGAGCGUACCUCCUCCUCCCGAGAACAAAAUCACCGCUGUCCAGGCAUGAAGUUAAACCAUGGGCCAAAAACUUCUUUGGGUCUUCUUUUUUUUUCAUGCAGCGAACAGCAACAUUGCCAUUCUAUUUUGUUUUCUAUUUCUAGCAUAGGGGAGGGGUCUUAAACUACUGGCGUUAACGGGAGAUUACGAGUGUCGUGUGUGCGUGUGGUUUUUUUGUACGAAAAUGUGUUGUCGUAGAUAAUAUAUAGGUACAUAUU